CGGCUGCAUCCGCUGCGGAGUUCAAGAGUGAUUAUAUUAUAAUUACGCAGUUCAAACUUCACAGUUCACAAUAAUAUUAUUAUGGCCAACUCUAACUAACGCUUGAAAUCAACAGUUUUUGAACUAUUAUUUCAUUUCAAAUAGUUAACGAUGUGAAAACAAGCGAAAAUCAUUUUAUAAUAUUUUAACUACAACCAGAUAAGCGGUGAAUUUGAGUUUCAAUGGUUGAAUUUAUUUAAUUAAAAUUUUUAUGUUGAACGAACAGUGUUAAAAAUGUUAAAGAAAGAAUAUUCAGAGCAUAAUUACAAUUCCAUUUCCGAGGAUUAUUCUGAUCGAAACUCGAGAAAAUAUAAUUUUACAAGAAUUUGUGUCAUAUUAGCUACUGCCAUAAUAGUUGCAGUUUGUUUAUUUAAAUUUGUCAACCACUUCAGGAUAGCAAAUGAAGAAGAAUCUGUUAUCAUUGCCGAAUCAAAUAUCCUCAGCAAAAAUUCUUUGUACGACUACAAUGAUACUUGCGCUGUAGUAUCAGAUGACUUUAAAUUUGAUUGCUUUCCCCGUGGAAAAUCAGAUCAACAAAGUUGUGAAGAAAGGAACUGCUGUUGGGCUCCUACUGGUAACGAUUCUGACUCGCUUGUGCCAUGGUGCUAUUACCCGACAAACUAUAACAACUACAAAGUAGUAAAUAUAACACAAUCAAGAAAUGGGCUGAUUGCGUAUUUUAAUUUGUCAUCAGAAACAACGUAUAAAGAAAAUAUAAAGUUAUUAUGUAUGGACGUAUCCUAUCAUACAGCUCAAAGAUUACGCAUCAAGAUUUAUGAUGCUGAAAAUACCCGUUACGAACCACCAUAUCCCGAAAUACCAGCAGUACAUUUAAAUAAUAGCAAAAUAAAUGAACCAUUAGUGUCAGAUUAUGGUAUUGUAGUAGCUGAAAAUCAACUUGGGUUUGCCGUUGUAAGGAAAAUUGACAACGUCACUUUAUUCGACAGUCGCAAUGUAGGAGGUUUUAUUUAUUCAGAUCAGUUUAUUCAGAUUUCGGCUUUGUUACCUACAAAAUAUAUAUAUGGCAUUGGCGAACAAAGAGCUAAUCUUAUGCUCGACAUGAAUUGGAAAAUUCACACUUUGUUUAAUCACGAUAGUCCUCCUACUGAUAAUGUGAAUGGUUAUGGUGCACAUCCGUUUUAUUUGAUGAUGGAAAAAUCGGGAAAGAGUCAUGGUGUAUUUUUGUUCAACAGUAACGCAAUGGAUGUUGUAUUACAACCAGCUCCAGCCAUAACCUUUCGUACCAUCGGUGGAAUAUUGGACUUCUAUUACUUCAUGGGCCCGACUCCUGCAGAUGUCAUUGCUCAAUACACAGAAGCUAUCGGAAGACCGUACCUACCUCCAUAUUGGUCUUUGGGAUUUCAUCUGUGCCGAUUUGGGCAGACAUUGAAUCAAGUAAUUGAAGUACACAAUAGAACAAUCAAUGCGGGAAUUCCUUGGGACACGCAUUGGAAUGAUAUUGACUACAUGAAAAACAGGAACGAUUUCACUCUAAGUGAUAACUUCAGCGGACUACCGGGCUACGUAGAAUACCUGCAUAAAAUAGGAAUGCACCAUGUUGUUAUACUAGAUCCUGGCGUAUCUUCUCGUGAACCAAAAGGAACCUACCCACCCUAUGACGAUGGCUUAAAACAAGGAAUCUUCAUUAAAAAUGCAACUGGUCUUCCCUUAGAAGGACAAGUAUGGAAUAAAGAUGGCGGCACAGUGUUCCCGGAUUUUACAAAUCCCAAGACUGUAAGUUAUUGGAUAGAUCAAGUGUCAAAAUAUCACCAAGUCGUUGCAUUUGACGGUUUAUGGAUAGAUAUGAAUGAACCGUCAAAUUUUGUAAACGGAGAUUGGCAAGGUUGCAUUUUCAAUAACUCUGAUCACUGGGAAAACCCGCAAUAUGUACCGGCCAUCGAAGGCGGUGUACUAAAUUACAAAACCAUUUGUAUGUCAGCCAAACAACACAGUGGACUUCAUUACGAUCUACACAACCUGUAUGGAUUUUCCGAGGCAAUAACAACUCAGUUUGCUUUAUCCAUCAUUACGAGUAUGAGGCCGUUAGUUAUAUCAAGAUCGAGUUUUGCUGGGUUAGGUCAUUUUACCGGACAUUGGACCGGAGACGUGUACUCUACUUGGGACGAUCUGAAACAAUCUAUAACUGAUAUUGUCGUUUUUAACAUGUUUGGGAUUCCGCUUGUCGGAGCUGACAUCUGUGGUUUUAACGGCAACACCACUGUAGAACUAUGCUCAAGAUGGAGUCAGUUAGGUGCAUUUUAUCCGUUUUCAAGAAACCACAACUCUGAUGAUUGUUUUGAUCAAGAUCCAGUGGCGUUAGGAGCUCUAGUGGUGAAUUCGGCUCGCAAAGCAUUGACAAUACGCUACUCUUUACUGCCGUACUUAUAUUCUUUGUUUUGGAAAGCACAAAUAGAUGGUGAAACUGUUGCUCGACCUCUAUUUUUCGAAUAUCCAUCCGAUGAAAAUACAUACAACAUCGAUACACAAUUUUUAUGGGGCCCCGCUCUGUUGAUAUCGCCAGUUUUAAAAGAGAAUCAAGAAGAAGUACAAAUUUAUUUACCGAAUGACACAUGGUACGAUUAUUACUCCAAAAUUGCAAUAAAAAGUAACGGAUCUACGUACACUGUAGCUGCGCCACUAGACACUAUUCCACUUUCAAUACGGGGAGGUUACAUUUUACCGACUCAAGAUCCAUCUACGACAACUACUUUGAGUCGAAAAAAUCCAUUCGGUCUUUUAAUUGCACCAAACGUGAGCGGAGAAGCAUAUGGCUACUUGUUUUGGGACGAUGGAAAGUCUUUGAAUGUAUGGGAAAAUGGAAUGUAUAACGAAAUACAUUUUAAAUAUCAAAGUUCAACGAUAACAGCCGAAGUAGUGACGAGUAACUAUCUCGAUGAAAGAUUAGUAUUGCAAAAUAUUACAGUAUUUGGCAUUCAAGCGAACCCAACAAGUGUCAUUGUCAAUGGAAAUGCAUACCAAAACUUUCUUUACAAUAAGACUGAACAAGCGCUUUACUUUCAAACUCUAAAUUUGGAUUUAUUUACUGUAUUUAAUAUAACGUGGACUUAAUACACUACCAAUAUCAAUAUAGUAACUACUAGUUUUCUUAUAUAAUUAUUACAAAUUUAAUCUUCGGCAAAUGUGUAAUUUUUUAUUAUUAUUAAUUGAUUAAAAAUGUGUGUAGUAAUAAAUUAUUCUAUGUAAUUCCAAACUUAUAAAAAUUAUAUAUGGUUAUCUCUUACUUUUUGUAUAAUUGUUAAUUAAUAAUUAUUGUAAACAAAAUAUAUAUAUACUACAAUAGUUGUAUACGAUAUAAAUAUAAA